AUGGCCUUCAACAACAAACCCAAAAAACCCAUGGCCUCCCUCAAAUCCAAUCUCUCCACCACCCUCUUCUUCAUUGUUCUCUUCACCAUCUCAGCUCUCUUCAUCCUCCACUCCCCCACCUCUUCCAUGUGCACCACCCUAUCCACCCACAUAAACACAUGGUCUGGUGAUCUUCGUACCGCGGAAUUUUCAUGGAAUCGCCUAAAAUUCAACGAUAAUAAUCCACCGCCCGUGGCUCUGAAGAUCGCCGUCUUUUCCCGGAAAUGGCCUAACGCUGCCGUCCCGGGUGGUAUGGAAAGGCACGCUCAUACCCUGCAUACCGCUCUAGCUCGCCGUGGACACCAAGUUCAUGUCUUCACUUCACCACCUCAAGAGCUUAUACAACCCCAAGACCAAGACAGUCAAACUUUAUCCCCUCUGAUUCAUUUCCAUGAGGGAGAGCCCGGGCGAUGGCGUUAUAACAAAGCCUGGGAACAGUUUCAAGAAAAGAACAAAUCGGAACGAUUCGACGUGGUUCACUCAGAAAGUGUGGCACUGCCUCACUGGCUAGCUCGUCAGGUUACCAACCUUGCGGUUUCGUGGCAUGGCAUAGCCCUUGAGAGUGUGCAGUCAAGUAUCUACCAAGAUUUGGCACUUAGGCCUAAUGAGCCCAUGGCCCCUGCUGUCAACAACAGUCUACAAGGAGUAAUCCCCAAGGUGUUGAAUGAAAUUAGAUUUUUCAAAAACUAUGCUCACCAUGUUGCUAUAAGUGACAGCUGUGGUGAAAUGCUCAGAGAUGUGUACCAAAUCCCAACCAAAAGGGUCCAUGUGAUUGUCAAUGGGGUCGAUAAAGACGAGUUUAAAGAAGACUGUCAAUUAGGUCAACAAUUUAGAUCAAAGAUCGGUGUUCCAGGUAAUGCAAGUUUACUUCUUGGCGUGGCCGGAAGAUUAGUGAAGGACAAAGGCCAUCCAUUACUCUAUGAAGCCUUCUCCAAGCUCAAAUCGAAGCACCCUGAUGUCUACUUGGUGGUGGCUGGGUCAGGGCCAUGGCAGCAAAGAUACAAAGAUUUAGGGCCUCAAGUCAUAGUUUUGGGGUCUAUGAACCCCGGUGAGUUAAGGUCUUUCUAUAAUUCUAUAGACAUUUUUGUUAACCCUACGCUUCGACCACAAGGUCUUGAUCUCACUCUAAUGGAGGCAAUGAUGAGUGGAAAACCGGUUAUGGCGUCGAGGUUUCCUAGCAUCAAAGGAACCAUUGUUGUUGACAAUGAGUUUGGUUUCAUGUUUUCUCCAAAUGUGGAGUCAUUGGUAGAGGCAUUAGAAUUGGUGGUGGGUGAAGGUUCAAAGAGGCUAGCACAAAGAGGGAAAGCAUGCCAGGAAUAUGCAGCUUCCAUGUUUACUGCAAAUAAGAUGGCAUUAGCUUAUGAAAGGUUAUUCCUUUGUAUCAAAAACCAAACAUUUUGUAUGUACCCUUAG